AUGAAUAAUAUAGCCAGCAAUAAUGUAGAUGUAGAUGCUAACGGAGUGAGAGUUGAUGAGCACUCAGUAUUUCCCGUCUACAAAUGUUAUCCGAUCAGCAAACCGUUUAUUAAUGACAACCUCCAACUUGAUCUGUCGAAACCUUACAUACCUUUUCCAGAAACUAUAAUUUCAGCUCUAAAAAAUUUGCAACAGAAGAUAAGACAGUUAGAAAAUGAGAAGAAUGAUGCACUUGUUACACUACACGAGAUGUCAUUACAAACCAAUAGGAAACGCAAUAAUGAGAUGAAUAUGCCCUUACCAGAUGGAAAACUAGCAGACAAAACUUUGAACAAGACAACAUUGAGCGAAUUAUCAAAUCUCAAUUUGAAGUUGGACUCGGCUGAGCAGCGAUGUAAAACUUUGGACGAACAACUGAACCGAAUGAAGCAAACGUUUAAGGAGCAUUUUCAGCAGUCUCAAUCUGAAAUGAAAAGUUUCAACAGUGAUGAUAUUAAUCCCAGAACUAGCACUGAUAUUUUGAAUCUAGGAAACAUUAAUAUCAACGACGACGAUGAAACAAAUGCAGAGAGAACUCUAGGAGCACAAAAUUAUCAAAGACACAAAAGAACAAGAUUGAGUGAAGAGAAGAAAAGGUUAGACAGCUUGAAAAAACUGGCAGAAGAUAAAGUAAAAAUCUUGGAAGAGCAGUUGGAACUGGAAAAAAGUCGCUGCCGAAUAAUUGAAGAAAAAGCAAAAGAAGUCCCUCAAGACCCACCCCAGGUAGAUCAUCAACAUGGUAGAAAAACAUUUUUGAACUCUGGAGACAACGAUAUGAUUGAUGUGGAUGUAAAUGAGUCAGGAAGUUACACGUUCAAUCGAAAGAAGAUGGCCGAAUCAGAUGAAGACAUCAAUGGUUUGCUCUUCCAGUUAAGAGAAGAAUAUGCACAUCUUCAAACUCAACAUGACGACUUGCAGCACGACUUAACUCACGUCAUCGAUCCAGUUUCAAUGGCAGAUAUCGCAAAAGAAAUUGACCAUGUUAAGUUUAAGCUGGAAAUUAAACAGGACCAAAUAAACAGGGUCAUCUCUUUACAACGAAAGAAAAAUUUUUGGAAAGAAAAAGUUGUGAAAGUGACUGAAUAUUGUAGCAGAGAUUUGAAUAAUCAUUACAAAAGCGUACCCGUUUUGAAUAAAAAGGUUGAAAGAACACAAACUAGGUCAACAUCAUCCCUCAUACCGCUGACCAACCUCGAUAAGGAAGUUCAAAUUCUGACGACCAUUACAACAAAAGGAGCCGCUGACAUAUCAUAA